CCAGGUCUAUCAUUCAGACUAUUUGAUCAGACACAUUUAGACAAAUUAUAGACCUAUUUAGGCAUGAGGCUACAAACUGUACUAGCGUUGGUUGUGGUGCUUACAGGGACAGCAUAUGGAAUGGAGUUCACUUGUGAUGCUACACUCAGUGUUUCAUGUUAUGGGACUCACGGACAGCCUCUGUUUCUACUGCUGGUCACAGACAAAACCAGACAAUUUGACUUGCGCUUGUAUAGAACAAAAGAUAACAGUAAGUCCUUAAUUUUUGGAUUAAAAAGAAACAAGACUAUCUAUCAUAAUCAACAGCAGAGAUGGAAGUUUUCUCCUGACAAUGGAUUCUUGAUUAUAAAUCCUGUGAAGUUUACUGAUUCAGGAACGUAUAGUGUAGAGAUAUACCACACAACUGGCACCUUGAAGGCAACUAACUAUGUGCACCUUAUAAUAAACAAGACAACCCCCACGACAUUGACGGUCUCAAACAUGACAUACCCUCCUCAACAUAAUGACACAGUGUCAAAGGAACAGGCCAUAACGUUAAUAUCAGGAUCUCUUGGAGUCUUGUUUUUAUGUGUGGCUGGGACAGGAGGAGUUUACUACAUCUGCAAAAGAAGAAAGAGCACCCAUAGGACAGCUGAGCCUGAGGAGCCGGAGGUGGAGUAUGCUGACGUGUCCAUACUGAAACGACAGAAGAAGCAGCUGCACCAGAAGAAGAGGCGAGAGGAGGCGGUGGAGUACGGGGAGUUGAACGUCCAGAGAGCUGAGCCUGAGGAGACGGAGGUGGAGUAUGCUGACGUGUCCAUACUGAAAUGACAGAAGAAGCAGCUGCACCAGAAGAAGAGGCGAGAGGAGGCGGUGGAGUACGGGGAGUUGAACGUCCAGAGAGGUCUCACACUGGUAGAGUAGGAGGAGUCUAUUCACCAGACUGUUAAAGCUGAGGUGCAGACCAGAGACAAUAGGGAGCAAUCUGAAAUGCACUUAGUGUAAUCAUCCCUGUGCUAUUUACCAUCUACAUACAGAUCCUUUUUUGUCA